GGAAGUGAGUGAGUGAGUGAGAGAGAGAGAAGAUCAACGAAUUUCCGGCGACAUUUUCUCACCGUCCGGCAGAUUUCUUAACGCAGUAUAGUUUACAUACACUCAUUGUAUAUACUGAUAUCGACAUUCAUACAUCCAUAUAUAUAGAGAGAGAGAAAGAGAGAGAGAGUGAGUGCGAAAAAGUGAAGGGCGAUAUAUGGCAUCGGAGCUGAUCUACCGAGGUCAGGAGUCCCAGCCGGUGACGGACGCGUACACCCCGAAGCCGCCGAAACCGUGGCUGAGUUUGAAUCGGUCGAUCAGUUACAUACUGCGUGAGCAGCGUCUGGUUUUCCUUUUCGCCGGAAUGGCCAUCGCCACCUUCAUCUUCGCCCUACUCCCCUCGUCUAAUCCUCCUUACACUCAGGGCUACGACUCGAUCUCCGCCUCGCAUUUUCCUUCCCAAUCGGCUCAGCCUCACCGCCUCAUGUAUCAGAAGCGUAUUAGAUUCGAGGCGUUCAAUUCUGGCGGGAAGAUUCCGCUGGGGCUGCAACGGAAGGGUUUGAGGAUCGUGGUGACAGGUGGGGCCGGCUUUGUGGGGAGCCAUCUGGUGGACCGUCUGAUCGCCAGAGGCGACAGCGUGAUCGUCGUCGAUAACUUCUUCACCGGCCGGAAGGAUAACGUGAUGCACCAUUUCGGAAACCCCAGGUUCGAGCUCAUCCGACACGACGUCGUAGAGCCUCUUCUGUUAGAAGUGGACCAGAUCUACCACCUCGCUUGCCCCGCAUCGCCCGUUCACUACAAGCACAACCCCGUCAAGACUAUCAAGACAAAUGUGGUGGGAACUCUGAACAUGCUGGGAUUGGCCAAGAGAGUGGGCGCGCGGUUUUUGCUAACAAGUACCAGUGAGGUGUACGGUGAUCCUUUGCAGCACCCUCAGAAGGAAACUUACUGGGGAAACGUCAAUCCUAUUGGUGUUAGAAGUUGCUACGAUGAAGGGAAGCGUACUGCAGAAACACUGACCAUGGACUACCACAGAGCUGCUGGUGUUGAGGUGAGGAUUGCCAGGAUAUUCAACACAUACGGUCCCCGAAUGUGCAUUGAUGAUGGUCGUGUUGUCAGCAACUUUGUUGCUCAGGCCUUAAGGAAGGAGCCAAUGACAGUUUAUGGUGACGGGAAGCAGACAAGAAGUUUCCAAUUUGUUUCAGAUUUGGUUUUGUCUUUUGGAGUGGGUAAGCUCCAAAGCACCCUAGGCCAAAGAAGCAGCAAGAAGGGUGGUUAUGAAGAACAAAUUAAAGAUAAGUCUAAUGCAUGUAUGUGUUGGUUCUUUCUUUUUCAUUUUAAGGUUGAGGGACUAAUACGCUUGAUGGAAGGAGAUCAUGUAGGACCUUUUAAUCUUGGGAACCCCGGUGAAUUCACAAUGCUGGAACUCGCUAAGGUGGUCCAAGAAACCAUUGAUGCAAAUGCUCAGAUAGAAUUCAGGCCCAACACAGAGGAUGAUCCUCACAUGAGACAGCCUGAUAUCUCCAAGGCCAAAGAACUGCUUGGGUGGGAACCCAAAGUGGCCCUUAGGAAGGGUCUGCCUAUGAUGGUACAGGACUUCAGGCAGCGCAUCUUUGCUGACCAAAAAGACGACUCUACUACUUCUUUCAUACGCACACCAUAGCUUCUCAGAACAUCAUAUUUCUUCAUCAGUUGGCAGAGCCCAGAGCCAUAGCUCACCUUCCCACUCCAUUUUUGAACAAUGGACUAUUUAUCAUAAUCAUAAUUCUUUGAUUCA